GAGCCGACGGAGAGGGACGAAGCGCAGCAGCGAGGACAGUUUUCUCUCCCAGGCGUUCAUACAAACAUCAGAUACUAUGCUCACAGCUUCGAGUGCGGACUGGCACUAGAACAGGAGGGCAGCUGAACUCCUCCACGACCCCAUGAGUCUGGUUUGGCCUGCCAGGACCACCUGAGACUAGUGGUGAGCUGGUCACACCACCCUCAGCUGUACCCAACGUCUCCCAUUCCUGCCUCCCUCCCAUUUCCACCAUCCUCUGCCUCAUCUUUCCUGCUUCUUGAGGAAAUCAAACAUCACCAUGUCUCUUUCCACCUCUCCUGCCCCCUACCUCCUCUUCUUCCUCUUCCUCCUUCCACUGCCACCCUGCCAGCCAGAGUCCCAACGUAAUGAGCCCAGCAUGGACCCAAAUCAAAGAACAGCCUUGCCCUCCAUGUUUCCCUCCUCCUCCCCACCUUCUUUGUUUUAUGGUAAUAGCACAGUGCCUGGCAGCGAUAAGUGUAAUGAGGUGACGGUGUGCAAGCCCGGCAUCCUGCUGCCUGUCUGGAAGUCCGACAACCCUGGUCUCGGUUACCAGGUGGCCAGAGCUGUGGUCUACUUUCUGUCACUCAUGUACAUGUUCCUGGGAGUGUCCAUCAUUGCAGACCGCUUCAUGGCGUCCAUAGAGGUCAUCACAUCUCAGGAGAAGGAGGUGACCAUCACUAUGCCUAACGGUGAAACAUCAGUGGCGACGGUUCGAAUCUGGAAUGAAACAGUGUCCAAUCUGACACUCAUGGCUCUGGGCUCCAGCGCUCCAGAGAUACUGCUGUCUGUUAUCGAGGUAUGUGGUCACGAAUUUGAGGCCGGCCAGUUGGGGCCAGGAACAAUCGUCGGCAGCGCCGCUUUCAACAUGUUUGUGAUCAUCGGGAUCUGUGUGUGGGCGAUCCCCAACGGCCAGAGCCGGAAGAUCAAACAUCUCAGAGUGUUCUUCAUCACCGCCUUUUGGAGCAUCUUUGCCUACAUCUGGCUCUACCUUAUCCUGUCUGUAAUGUCGCCAGGUGUUGUUGAGGUGUGGGAGGCCCUGGUCACCCUGCUGUUCUUCCCUGUGUGUGUCAUCCUGGCUUGGAUCGCUGACCGGCGCCUGCUCUUCUACAAGUACAUGGGCAAGCGUUACCGAGCCGACAAGCGCCGCGGCAUUGUCGUGGAGACCGAAGGGGAUUUGACACCUAACAAAGGCAGCAUGGAGAUGAUCAUAGAUGGCAAGUUCCCAGCACGAGGGGGCGCUGUGGUUCCUGCUGAAAACUGUGGGGGCGGCGCUCAGGAUGGGACCACAGGCACUGCGGCCAACAACAUUGGAGCGGCAGCAGGAGCUGUGGGAAUAGGAGGGGGAGCCAAUCUGCCCAACUCCAACAGCACUACAGUCAAUGUGGAAAGCAGCAAGGAGCUGGAUGAGAGCCGCAAGGAGGUGAUUCGUAUCUUGAAGGAGCUGAAGCAGAAAUAUCCUGAUAAAGAGCUGGACCAGCUGGUGGAGCUGGCCAACUACUACGCCCUGCUGCACCAACAGAAGAGCCGAGCUUUUUACCGCAUACAGGCGACUCGCAUGAUGAUUGGAGCUGGCAACGUCCUGAAGAAACAUGCAGCGGACCACGCGCGCCGCACAGCCGUAACUGACGAGGAAGCUCCAGAAGAGGACGACCUGGCUGUGUGCAGCCACAUCUCAUUUGAGAGUCCUCACAGUCAGUGCAUGGAGAACUGCGGUGUUCUGACACUGGCUGUAGUGUGUCAAGGGGGUCUGGGAGAGAACACCUUCUAUGUGGACUACAGAACAGAAGAUGGAUCAGCCAACGCUGGGUCAGAUUACAAGUACACUGAAGGAACACUGGUGUUCAAGCCUGGAGAGACUCACAAAGAGAUCAAGGUUGGUAUAAUUGAUGAUGAUAUAUUUGAAGAGGACGAGCACUUCUUUGUCCGUCUGUUGAAUCUGCGUGUUGGUGAUGCAGAGGGGAUGUUUGAAAGUGACGAAGUGGGUGCCACACCCAAAGCUCGCUUAGUUGAGCCCCUGCUGGCCACAGUGACUAUCCUGGAUGACGACCAUGCUGGCAUCUUCACUUUUAGCGAACGUAUGGUGCGCGUGAGUGAGAGUGUGGGCACAAUGGAGGUGAUGGUGGUGCGCAACUCAGGUGCUCGUGGCACAGUCAUCCUGCCAUACCACACCGAGUCAGGCACCGCCAAGGCUGGAGAAGACUUCGAGGAAGCCCGUGGCGAGCUAGAGUUCACCAAUGACCAGACCAGUCAGACUCUCCAGGUGAGGAUAAUUGAUGAUGAGGAAUAUGAAAAACGUGAAAACUUCUUCAUUGUGCUGGAGGAGCCACGCUGGUUGAAGAGAGGAAUCUCGGCUCUGCUGCUCAACCAAGAGGGGACAGAGGGGCAGAUGAGUGCUGAGGAGGAGGAGGCUCGGAGGAUUGCGGAGAUGGGGAAGCCCAUCCUGGGAGAGCACAGCCGCCUGGAGGUAGUCAUUGAAGAGUCAUACGAGUUCAAGAGCACUGUUGACAAGCUCAUUAAGAAGACCAACUUGGCGCUGGUUAUCGGCACACACUCCUGGAUGGAACAGUUUGUGGAGGCGGUAACUGUCAGUGCAGGUGAUGGUGAUGAUGAGGAGGAGGAAGGACGUGAAGAGCGCCUUCCAUCUUGUUAUGACUACGUCAUGCAUUUCCUCACCGUCUUCUGGAAGGUUCUGUUUGCCUGUGUCCCACCAACAGAGUACUGGAAUGGCUGGGCCUGCUUCUUUGUGUCCAUCAGUGUCAUCGGCCUCCUCACCGCCAUCAUCGGGGAUCUGGCAUCACACUUUGGCUGCACUGUAGGGCUGCGGGACACUGUAACCGCUGUGGUGUUUGUGGCGCUAGGAACUUCCAUUCCAGACACCUUUGCUAGCAAAGUGGCCGCCAUACAGGACCAGCAUGCCGACGCAUCUGUUGGAAACGUCACUGGCAGCAACGCCGUCAACGUGUUCCUGGGGAUCGGAGUGGCAUGGUCGGUGGCUGCCGUGUACUGGAGAAUCAAAGGGGAGGUGUUCAGGGUAGACCCGGGAUCACUGGCAUUCUCCGUCACGCUCUUCACCAUCUUUGCUUUCAUCUGCAUGGCUGUGCUACUGUUCAGACGCCGGCCCUCCAUUGGUGGAGAGCUUGGCGGCCCAAGAAUGUCCCGCCUCCUGACCACCCUCCUGUUCCUGGGUCUGUGGUUCCUCUACAUCUUCUUCUCUAGCCUGGAGGCCUACUGCCACAUCAACGGCUUUUAAAGAGGAGAAGAAUUUUGCACAGCAACACACACAAAAUCAUUGACUCUGUCCAUUCAGUCCACGGUUUGACAUGAAACAAGUGUAAGAUUCAUCUGGUUAAUAGGGCUCACUGAAGCCUGGAGGUGUCCUGAUCUCAGUGUCCUGCAGGGAUGCUAAAAUACGUCAGAUACAUGUUCACAAACACACAUUAUAUUUAAGCAUGUGUAAAGAGAGCAUUUCAAACACACACGUUGUUACUUGAAAGGUAAAGGUUAAGAGAAAGUGCUUUUGGAGGGUGAGAAAUGUGAAGACAAAAGGUUACUGCAGCAGGUUAACAGAGAGCAGACGGAGAGUGACAGAGAGGGACUGUGAAGUGACAUUAAGAGGUGAAAAGAAGGUCAGGUGAGCCAGAGGGGUACUGUUUUAUUCACAUUAAGGCCAGGUGGAUUUAUUUUGGGUUUGAGGAGCUCUCUUGCAGGAUCAGACCGAGAUGGCUCAGAAACCUGUGAGCAAAAUUUACUCAUCUGAAGGGAAAAAUACCUUUUUAUUUUCCUUUAGUCUCGCAUCCAAACCAACAGCUCUACAGCUUCGUGUUUCUUCACUGAGGAAGUGGAGGAGCACUGUAUGAAAAAAAGAAGUCGAAUGUUUACAAUAACAUUACAUUUGUUUGCUACAAGAGGUUCUUAUGUAGUGCGAUGCUUGUUUAAAACACAGUACAGAUGAAGGCGGUUCUCCACACGCGCUGUAAAUAGUACAAACCACUGUACAUAUGGAGUGUUUUUACAGGGCAGACUGCCACGGGAAAGCAUGUAGAGGCAGAAAACUCACAAAAUGAGAAGCAACAGUCAGGUUUCUACUGUCUCUGUCAGCAAAGCUUCAAUGAUUUUAAAAUUGACCACAGAUCGCAAACAUUACAAACAUUGGCAGUUUUGGCAACGUCUUAAAUGGAAAGCAAAGUCUUAGUGACCACAGCAAGCAAUUGAGAAGCUUCUUAAAUGUAACACUGACUCAUAGCAGUCUAUAUGAAGCUGAAGGAUUUUUUUUUUUUUUUUUUUGCAUGUAUAGCCAUGUACAGAGCAUCUUCACAUUUUAUGUCUUGUAUAUGCUAUGAAAAAGGGAAUAGCCAGCCUAACUAUCCACCUGUAAAUUACAUC